GGAGAGAAUCUAGUAGAGAUCACAACAAGAGUGAUGAGAAAACAACACAUGACACAAUAAAAACAUCUCUCUCUCUCUCUCUCUCUCUCUCUCUCUCUCUCUCUCUCUCUCUCAAACCAGUUUUGCUUUUCUCUUCUCUUCUCAUAUAUACACCCACCUAAUUACUCAGUACACCUUACACCUAAAGAAUAAUCACAGGCCACCUCUCAUUCAUUUCCCCUCAGGCACGCCUCUCUCUCUCUCUCUCUCUCUCUCUCUCUCUCUCUCUCUCUCUCUCAAGAGAAUAUAAAAGGUGUACAUUUGCAUACAAAGAAUUAAUAUACAGGAGCAGCCGAAGAAUAUUGUGUGUUAACAUCAGCCAUUGAAAUUCAAAAGGGUCAAUUUUCAUGUCAUCAGUAAGCCUGAAAAUGGAGUUGAUGAAGUCAGAUGUUGCAGACUCCGAACCCCAAAAACAGCAGCAGCAACAAGAAGAAGAACAACAUUUCCAUGUCUUGGCUGUGGAUGAUAGUCUUUUGGACAGGAAGCUCUUGGAGAGGCUCCUUAGAGGUUCUUCAUAUCAAGCAGUGACUUGUGUGGAGUCUGGGGAUGAAGCUCUUAAAUAUCUGGGUUUGGUUGAUGACCUAAACCAAAAUUCUACAGCUUCCUCUUCAUCUACUUCCCCCCACUCAUCACAAGUACAAGAGGGAUCAAAAGUCAUCAAUUUGAUCAUGACAGACUACUGUAUGCCCGGGAUGAGCGGCUAUGAUUUGCUGAAACGGGUCAAGGGAUCUUCUUGGAAAAACGUACCAGUCGUGGUCAUGUCAUCAGAGAAUGUUCCUUCCAGAAUCAGCAUGUGCUUGGAAGGAGGGGCUGAGGAGUUUCUUUUGAAGCCACUUCAGCUAUCCGAUUUGAAGAAGCUUCAACCUUACCUGCUCAAAUCCCUUGAACAUCAUUCUUGCAACGACAACAACAACAACAACAAUGUCGUAGUAAAUGAGGUCGGAGGCGUUGACCCCGUUGACCAAAUCAAAAGCACUGCUUGUGAGAAUACUGUUAAGGGCAACAACAACAACAACAAUGUUAUUAUUAGCAAGAGGAAGGCAGUAGUGGCUGCUCAAACAAUAUCAGAGAGAAGGCCCAAGAUGGAGGGGUUAGCUCUGGUAGUAUAAGAUUAGUAUACAAAUAUUUUACUGGGGUGAUUAAUUAUUACAUAUUACCAUAAUCACAUCCUUAAUUAUAUUCAUAUAUGUAUGUAUGUACCUGUUUGGUGCUAUUGGUUUGGUGGUGUCUUUUAGUUGAAUAGUAUUAUCCAUUGAUCCAAUUUUAAGCCAAGGAUUAACAGUC